AUGGCCGACCACGUAUUGACCUUCACCUGUCCUGACAAGCCCGGCAUCGUAUAUGCGGUGACCGGCGUGCUAGCACACUACAACCUCACCAUCCUCGACCUACAACAAUUCUCCGACCCUGUGCAGAAGAAAUUCUUCAUGCGCGUCCACUUCGGCCACGCCGACGAUGUCACCCACCUCGACCAACCCCUCAACAGCCUCAACCUGAACAUGGAGUACCAAAUCCGACCCUGCGCGCAAAAACCGCGCGUGAUGAUCAUGGUCUCCAAAAUUGGGCACUGCCUCAACGACCUCCUCUUCCGCCAACGCAGCAAGCAACUCAACGUCGAAAUCCCCCUCGUCAUCUCCAACCACCCAGACUUCCGCCCUCUAGCGGAGAGCUACGGCGUGGCCUUCCACCACCUGCCCGUCACAGCCGACACCAAGCUCGACCAGGAGCGCCAGAUCCUCGAGCUGAUCAAGCAGCACGACAUCGAGCUCGUGGUGCUGGCCCGAUACAUGCAGAUCAUCUCUCCGGGUCUCUGCGAAGCCAUGUCCGGCAAGAUCAUUAACAUCCACCACUCGUUUCUGCCAUCCUUCAAGGGCGCCAAGCCCUACCACCAGGCCUACGACCGUGGUGUCAAGAUCGUGGGCGCCACGGCCCAUUUCGUCACGGCGGAUCUGGACGAGGGUCCUAUCAUUGAGCAACGGGUCACGCGUGUGGACCAUAGCAUGAGCGCCAAAGAGUUGGUGGACGAGGGCAGUAACGUUGAGACGCAGGUGUUGGCUGCGGCGGUCAAGUGGUGGAGCGAGCAGCGGCUAUUCUUGAAUGGGACUAAGACUGUUGUUUUCAACUAG